UCAUCCAGGUCUCCUACUACCACUGCAUCUGUGUCAGCAACAGCAGCUCCAAGGACAGUUUGUGUGGCAAUACCGGUACCUGUUGUAAUGACAUCAUUGGGUCAGAAAAUUUCAACUGUGGCAGUUCAGUCAGUUAAUGCAGGUGCACCAUUAAUAACUAGCACUAGUCCAACAACAGCGACCUCUCCAAAGGUAGUCAUUCAGACAAUCCCUACUGUGAUGCCAGCUUCUACUGAAAAUGGAGACAAAAUCACCAUGCAGCCUGCCAAAAUUGUUACCAUCCCAGCUACACAGCUUGCACAGUGUCAACUGCAGACAAAGUCAAAUCUGACUGGAUCAGGAAGCAUUAACAUUGUUGGAACCCCACUGGCUGUGGGAGCACUUACCCCUGUUUCAAUAGCCCAUGGUACAUCUGUGAUGAGACUAUCAAUGCCUACUCAGCAGGCAUCUGGCCAGACUCCUCCUCAAGUUAUCAGUGCAGUCAUAAAGGUGCCAGAGGUUAAAUUGGAAGCAGUGGCAAAAAAGCAAGAACAUGAUGUGAAAACUUUGCAGCUAGUAGAAGAAAAACCGGCAGAUGGAAAUAAGACAGUGACCCACGUAGUGGUUGUCAGUGCGCCUUCAGCUAUUACCCUUCCUGUAACUAUGAAAACAGAAGGACUAGUGACAUGUGAGAAAUAAAAUAGCAGCUCCACCAUGGACUUCAGGCUGUUAAUGGCAGUACUGACAUAAACAUUUGCAAGGGAAGUCAUCAAGAAAAGUCAAAGAAGACUUUAAAACAUUUUUAAUGCAUAUACAAAAACAAUCAAACUUACUGGAAAUAAAUUACCUAUCUCAUGUUUCAGUGGGAAAUGAACUACAUAUUGAGAUGCUGACAGAAAACUGCCUCUUACAGUAGGAAACAACUGAACCCAUCAAUAAGAAAAAGGAUUGAAAGGGACCAAGCAGCUCACUACGAUAUCAAGUUACACUAAGGCUUGGAACACUAACAUUCUGUAAGAGGUUAUGUAGUUUUCAGUGGGAGGGGUUGGGAUGGGUAAUCUCAUUGUUACAUAUAGCAAUUUUUGAUGCAUUUUAUAUGCAUACCAGCAAUUAUUACUGUGUUCGCACAGUUCUCACUUAACUGGUGCUAUGUGAAAACUCUGCUAAUAUAGGUAUUUUAGAAUGUGAAUUGAAGAAUGGAUCCCAAAAACUUCAGAAAGAGGAUAGC